CAUUUUCAGGAUAACAGCAUAAUCACACAUCUCAAGUAGGACCUAGAUAGUAGUGGCACUAUCUUCAGAGUGCCCAGAGCUGCCCUUGUCAGUGGAGCUUUGGAAGUAAACAUGCGCGGAGUUGUUCUGACUGCUGGGUUUCUGUUGGCGGUGGUUACGCUAACAGCAGCAAAGGCAUUCGGGAGGCCCUAUGGAAAGCACCUGAGACUCAGCCAUCAAGCUGACCUACCUCAGGGAGAUGACCGGAUUCCAGGUUCGGUUGAGAGGCAAGUUUACUCCCUGAUGGAGGCCAUGAAGGAGAGUUUGGGCGAACUGUCCAAUAAAAGGAACUCAUGGUACGACCGAUACGACGUCCUAGCUCAGAAGGCUACCAACCAUUCGGCCAUGAUCGCUGAAUUGCUCGUUAUCAGUAGAGUAGCGAUGCCAAUUAUCUGGACAACCGUCAUGGCUAACCAACUACUCUCAAGGAGGAAGCAACUCGAGAAAGGAGAGGAAAUAUUCUACGUUCCUCCAAAUGCAGCCUUGGGAGAACCGGUUCCGCAUCCCUUGCGCAUACUCCCAACGACGCUCACAGACAAAGAGGACUUCUCGAUUGAGGUCAUUGUCAAGACGAAUGAGGAAGCCAACGUUGGAAUUCGACUCAUGUUCGAACCUGAGGAGGGCAGAGACCUGGACUGGGACAACGACGACAUCUUCUUUGGCAUCGAUCUCAGGUGGCACAACGAUCACGGCAACGACAGGGAAAUAUCCCUGCACGACAGAUAUGACGGAGACUUCGCAAGAGAGGUCAUCACACCAGCGUCGCAUUGGCCCAACAUCAACGUAGGAGAGAAAUUUUGCGUCAGUAUCGCAAAGAAAAAAAAUUGUUUCAGCGCUAUUGUGAUCAUGGGAAAGGAUCUGUACGUCCAAGAACAGCCGGAAGAACCCUUCGUCCACACUUUCUGCCCAAAGCCUCGUCGAACUAGCAAGAUGAUUGCAGACCCAAAGAAGCUAUGGCUGGUGGUACACGAGAACCGUCAACAUACCGGUCAAGUGGAAGUGCACAAUCUCAUCUGGUACCGAAAUGAUAAGGCUUAAAAAGUAAGCAUGCACUGUGAUGGAUGUCUUCAACUUGGAGUUACAUUGGCUACCAUCGUUUCUUAAAUGUAAAAACAUAAGCUUCUUAUGUAGCCCAUCUACCUUCAUUUUAGCAUUUUUUACUGUUUAUUUUGUGGCCUGAAUAAAUACUUAAAAUGUCAAAAAGAAAAAAAUCCUGCAUUUCUACAAACGAAGUGAUCACUUUCACAUUAGAUUUUUUGCCUUUAAAAAUUCAUCAUUUUGUUGUAAAUGAAGACAUACUAAUAUUAAAAAUAAAUAAAUAUAAAAGAA